AUGACUGAUUCUGUGAAUAAAGAACUUAUAAAACGAGUACAAUUAACUCUAUCAAAAUAUAUAAAUAAACCGCAGCUAACAGAAAAACUACUAAAUAAACCACCAUUCAAAUUUCUUCAUGAUAUUGUAACAAAUGUUAUCCAAAGUACUGGUUAUUUAACAGAUGUUUUCACUGAUGAAGAAAUAAUAUCUACAAAUGUUACUACAAAAGAAACUAAAAUCAAAUUUUUAGAAAAGCUUAUAACUGCCAUUCAAUUAACAACAAAUAAAACAAUAUCAGCAAGACCCUCUAAAAUUGUUGCAGGACUUGAAGUUACAAAGACUUUGGAGUUGCUUAUAGCGAUUGUUUUUGGAAUAGAAAUAAAAAAUAAAGAGGUUAAAGAACAAAUUUCACCUAAUACAAAAACUAAAAAACCAGAAACUACAAAAAUUAAUAAUCAAAAUAAGUCAAAACUGUUGGAAAAAACCAAAUCUCUAGAAAAAACUAAAUCACUUGAAAAAAAAGUAAAAGAAAAUAUUGAUCAUGAUUCCCAAAAAAAAAUACAAAAAUCUGAUAGUGUGGAAUCGUCAGUGGUUAAAAACGAUGAACCCGUUAGUAUAGAGAUGGAUACAACAACAAAAUAUGAUGGAGAAUUCAGUGUAAAACCAGUUGAUGAAGAAAUAAAGAAUAUUGUGGAUAGCUCUGUUAAAACUGAAGAACUAAUUGAAAACAAAUUACAAUCAGCAAUCAAAUCUAAAACAGAAAAAAAAGCUUCUGAAUCAAUAGAAAAAACUAAUCCAGAAGAGAAUCCACUACGGAAAUUAAGUGAAACGCAUAAUAUUAGUAAACCAUUAAGGCCAAAAAGUUCAAGACCACCAGCGCCUAAUCGUCGUCCUCAAUCAAAUACAUUUACAGAGAUUCCUAAACAUUCAGACAGUUUUUUUUCAAAAAACAAUGACAAAAUAAAUGACAUUGAUGACAAUAUUGUUACAAUUGAAGUAUUAAAUGACAAUAAGUCAACUUAUGAUUCUUAUACCCAAGAAGAUGGACAAGGUCAUCUUGUAUCACAAAUACUUCAAACACAAUUGGAAUUUAAUAUUAAAAAGAAGACAGACUCUUCAAAAAUAGAAUGGGAAGGAAAAAAUGUUAAAGAUCAAGAGAUGUUAACUAAAGAAAUGGAUACAAUCAGGCAAUUCAUUCAAGGCAUAACAAAGUCUGCAAAUCCAUUGAGUAAACUUAUCAACAAUAUGCAAGAAAAUAUCGAUCAGAUGAAUCGAGAGUUGAACUACUGGAAAAAUUUUACUGAAAAAACUAAUGAAAAGCUUGAUUUACAACAGCGGGUAGUUGAAGAACAAAUUAAGCCAAUGGUUAUGUUAUUGGAAAAACUGACAAUUGAAGUUAAAGACGAAUUGGAAAUGAUGGAUUACUGUAAAGCAAACAUUAUGAAAAACAAAUCUCAUAUUAACUACUUAGUUUCAGAAAGGUUUAUGUUAACAAAUUAA